AGAGAGAGAGAGAGAGAGAGAGAGAGAGAGAGAGAGAGAGAGAGAGAGAGAGAGAGACGAUGGUCGGAGGAGUAGAAGACGAGGAGAAAUGGCUCGCGGAAGGGAUCGCGGGAAUCCAACACAACGCUUUCUUCAUGCGUCGCGCUUUGGAUUCGGACAACCUCAGAGACGUCCUCAAGUACUCCGCUCUGAUGCUGUCGGAGCUCCGUACAUCCAAGCUGUCUCCUCAGAAGUACUACGAUCUCUAUAUGAGAGCGUUCGAUGAAUUGAGGCAGCUGGAGAUGUUCUUCAGGGACGAGAGCAGACAUGGGGUUCCAGUUAUGGAUUUGUACGAGCUUGUCCAGCAUGCCGGGAACAUAUUGCCCAGGAUGUAUCUGCUGUGUACUGUUGGAUCUGUAUGCAUCAAAAGCAAGGAGGCUCCUUCGAAGGAUAUUCUUAAAGAUCUUGUGGAAAUGUGUCGUGGUGUUCAACAUCCGGUCCGGGGGCUCUUUUUGAGGAGUUAUCUUGCUCAAUUGAGCAGGGAUAAGUUACCUGAUGUUGGCUCUGAGUACGAAGGAGAUGCUAACACUGUGAUGGAUGCCGUGGAAUUUGUGCUGCAAAAUUUCAGUGAGAUGAAUAAGCUCUGGGUUCGGAUGCAGCAUCAGGGACCUGGAACAGUUCGGCAGAAGCAGGAGAAAGAAAGAAACGAGCUACGCGAUCUUGUUGGGAAAAAUCUCCAUGUUUUAAGUCAGAUAGAGGGUGUUGACCUUGAGAUGUACAAAGAGACUGUUCUUCCUAAGGUUUUAGAACAGGUUGUCAACUGUAAGGAUGAGCUAGCACAGUAUUAUCUGAUGGAGUGCAUAAUUCAGGUCUUUCCUGAUGAAUACCAUCUGCAGACCCUUGAGACUUUAUUGGGUGCUUGCACCCAACUUAUGCCAACAGUUGACACGAAAAUAGUGUUAACCCAACUGAUGGACAGAUUGUCAAACUAUGCUGCAUCAAGCCCAGAUGUGCUACCGGAGUUUCUGCAAGUGGAAGCUUUUGCCAAAUUGAGCAAUGCAAUUGGAAAGGUGAUAGAUGCACAGCUUGAUAUGCCCAUUCUUGGAGCUAUGACUCUGUAUGUCUCUCUUCUGACUUUUACGCUCCGAGUUCAUCCUGAUCGGCUCGACUAUGUGGAUCAAGUAUUGGGCGCAUGUGUAGCUAAGCUUUCCAGCAUACCCAAGCUUGAGGACAGUCGGGCGACUAAACAAGUUGUUGCACUUCUGAGUGCUCCCUUGGAGAAAUACAAUGACAUAGUUACAGCUCUUACACUAUCUAAUUAUCCACGUAUCAUGGAUCAUCUCGAUGAUGGAACGAACAAAACUAUGGGAAUGCUUAUUAUUCAAAGCAUAAUGAAAAACGACUCGUGUAUUUCAACUGCUGAUAAGGUUGAGGUGCUAUUUGAGUUGAUAAACGGGCUUAUUAAGGAUUUGGAUGGAACAAGCACAGAUGAGCUUGAUGAGGAAGAUUUUCAGGAGGAACAAAAUUCUGUAGCUCGGCUUAUACAUAUGCUUUAUAAUGAAGAACCAGAGGAAAUGCUGAAGAUUAUAUGUGUCGUGAGAAAGCACAUUAUGACCGGAGGACCCAGACGUCUGCCUUUUACCGUACCUCCUCUUGUUUUUUCUGCACUGAGAUUGGUAAGGCAAUUGCAAUGCCAGGAUGGAGAUAUAGCUGGAGAAGAGGUUCCAGCAACUCCCAGGAAAAUCUUUCGGAUUCUCAAUCAGACAAUCGAGGCUUUUUCAUCCGUUCCAUGUCCUGAACUUGCUCUUAGGCUCUACCUCCAGUGUGCUGAGGCUGCAAAUGAUUGUGAUCUUGAACCCGUUGCUUAUGAAUUUUUCACCCAAGCAUUCAUAUUAUACGAGGAAGAAAUAGCGGAUUCGAAGGCGCAGAUAACGGCAAUUCAUCUGAUAAUUGGAACUUUGCAAAGGAUGCACGUCUUCGGUGUCGAAAACAGGGAUACCUUGACACAUAAAGCAACCGGGUACUCGGCAAGGCUUCUGAAGAAACCUGAUCAAUGUAGGGCAGUUUACGCUUGCUCUCACUUGUUCUGGGUCGACGAUCCCGAUGGCAUCAAAGAUGGAGAAAGGGUUCUACUCUGUCUGAAACGGGCACUGAGGAUAGCCAACGCAGCUCAGCAAAUGGCUAACGCAGCAAGAGGUAGCAAUGGACCAGUCACAUUGUUUGUGGAGAUACUGAACAAGUACAUAUACUUCUUCGAGAAAGGAAAUCCACAGAUCACUCCAUCUGCGAUACAGAGCCUUAUAGAACUAAUCAACACCGAGUUGCAGAGCGACAACGGGAAUGCAACUACUCCAUCUGAUCCUUUCUUCAUGAGCACUUUGCGGUACAUCAGGUUCCAAAAGCAGAAAGGCGGUUUGAUGGGCGAGAAAUAUGAUCCGAUCAGAUUGUGAUGGCUACUACUACCUCUCGACAACACCAUUAAAAUCACUGGUAAAAGCUUUCUCCUCCCUCAUCAAUCCAAGAAGAUCUCUUGCUAAGCUCCUUGAUCUUGCUUCCUUUUCUUGUUCUAAAUCAGUUCUUCGGGUUUCUAAGAUUUUUGGAAGUUUUGAAAGGGAAUGAUCUGCUGCUGCAUACGGGGGUUCUCUUUCUUUUUCUUUUCCUUUUUUUUCAUAAAUUUGGUGGGUGUUUGGAGUUUCACCUAGGGUUUAUGUGUGUAAUAACCCAAGGAGAAAUCUUUGUAAUCACUCUUUUGUUCAUAAUGCUGUCUUGUUUGUACAGGAUCCCUGUAAACACAUUCAAACCUAACCACCAAACCAAACUCAUGGCUUGAAUGAUUUUGGCCGCCAAAAUAUAUAUUUCACGUUCCGCAAUUUUA